AUGGAUCCUUCCAAUCGAUCCCAUAUUGCAAAAAUGUUCAUGGAUUAUAUGAAUCACGGCAUGGAUGAAGAACUUGUGAGGCUUUACUUUAAAAGUAAUCCGCAAGAAGAUUUUGCGAGCUCAAAUGGGGGAGGCACGUGGUUUUCCAGCCGCUUCACAAGACUUAUGGAUUUGGCACACAUUUUUGGAGUAGCGGGUUCAAACAACGAUAUCAAUGUGCUUAACCAAUCUGAUGUCUUCAACGAUGUUAUGCAAGGGCGAGCUGCUGAGGCUACAUUUGUGAAAAGUGUCUCAAUGCCACAAGGAGAUAAGAGAAAACUGUUUGCCCAAUAUCAACAAGGCGCAAGGAAGGAUAUAGAACGAGCAUUUGGAGUUCUCCAAUCGCGAUUUGCGAUCAUACGUAAUUCGGAUAGAUCUUGGAACCUCGAUUCACUGAAGUGUAUAAUGGAUACGUGCAUCAUAUUACACAACAUGAUUGUUGAUGAUGAACGUGCCACAUAUGGUGACAACUUUGAUUAUUCCUAUGAUCAUCAAGGCAAUGAUCCAACUGCACCACCAGACGAUUCUAAUAGUGAUUUUCAAUAUUUUCUACGUAGAAGACACCACGUUCGCGAUACGCAAAUUCAUCGACACCUUCAACAAGACUUGAUAGAACAUAUAUGA